GUGGAGGCGGCGCAGGAGGCGGGAGUUGGCGACCGCCGCGCUCCGGGCAGCGGGCCCCGUUCGCGGCCCGCGCGCUCCGCGGUCCUCCCUCGCUCCGCUCCUAUGCUCAUAUUUGGACUCGGCCGCCCGUGCCCAGGAAUUUCCCGUCAUGCCUCCCGCCGCCCCGUCUGCCGCCCGGAGCCGGGAGGGAGGAGGGAGGCGGACAGCGGCGGCUGCUCGUCUGCCCCGGAGUGUGCGGCGGACCCUCCCGCGCCCUCUCGCGCUCUGCCUCUGUCUCUGCCUGGCUACGGCCGCGGCCAGCACACUGCGCGCUUUUGCCCCUGGUUUUGCGUCUCGGUUUGUUGCUGAAGAUAUCACAGUGAUGUCUGCAUUCAACCUGCUGCAUUUGGUGACAAAGAGCCAGCCAGUGGCCCUGCGAGCCUGUGGGCUUCCCUCAGGGUCAUGUCGGGAUAAAAAGAACUGUAAGGUGGCCUUUUCCCAGGAGGAACUGAGGAAGCGGCUGACACCCCUGCAGUAUCAUGUCACUCAGGAGAAAGGAACUGAAAGUGCCUUUGAAGGAGAAUACACACACCACAAAGAUCCUGGAAUAUACAAAUGUGUUGUUUGUGGAACACCAUUGUUCAAGUCAGAAACCAAAUAUGACUCUGGUUCAGGUUGGCCUUCCUUUCAUGACGUGAUCAACUCUGAGGCCAUCGAGUUCACAGACGAUUUUUCCUAUGGGAUGCACAGAGUGGAGACAAGCUGCUCUCAGUGUGGUGCUCAUCUUGGACACAUUUUUGAUGAUGGACCUCGUCCGACCGGCAAAAGAUACUGCAUCAAUUCGGCCUCCUUGUCUUUCACUCCCACAGACAGCAGUGAGGCAGAAGGAGGCAGCGGCAGAGCUAGCAGCAGCCCAGCAUCGGCAGACAGAGCAGAGCUGUAGAAUCCAGGAGCCUGGUGGGAACAAAGGGUCUUAGUGCACAGCUGAUUGAAAAACCAAAAAUGGUUCAUCUUAACAGAGUUAUUUUUUCAGAAGCUAUAAGGGCAAUUUAUGUUAUUGAAAUUGUUCUCUCUCUCUCUCUCUCUCUCUCUCUCUCUCUCUCUCUCUCUCUCUCCAGAAGUUCUGUCUACCCAUGUAUUCUGCUGUUGACUAGAUCAUGAUCUGUGUGGAGAUCUUGCAAAUGGCGAUAGCUUUGUGGAGCUUUUCCACAAGCUUCUGAGCAGCCUUGGCAUUUUUUUUCUUUCAGCAUAUAACUUCCUUUAGUUUUGAUGUGGGUUCACCCCUUCUUACUAAGCGGUGGAGGCUGUUUGGUCUUCUAAGGAGAAACCAGAGUUUUCCUGGUGCUCAGGGGCAGGGAGUAGAGCUGGGAAGGGCAGGGCAUCCAGACAUGUAGCCUUAUGAUAAAGAUGGAGGGAUGUCUUAGAUUCCUAAACUCUUUGGAAACUCUGAGCUAAGGUGUUUUUCUCACUAAAAGGGUGUGAAGGUCCAAAGUCGUUCCUUAUGUUAGAUUGUUGCCAGAUCCAAGAGGGUUCUGAGGGUUGCCGCAGAGAUGUAAACGUUACCUCGUGGGCAGGUCUUUAUUUUAUAUGAUUUUCCUUUGAAAAUAGAGGAAUGUAAGACAACUGUAAAGUGCUGCACCCCGUUUUUGCCCAAAGCUCACAAAGGAUGCUUGCCCGUUGCCUUUGUAUAAACGUUUCUAUCCACCCCUCAUGAGACCUACAUCUGGGUGAGCAUUUUAGAAGAUUCCCCAGUGCAAAAUAAAAUAUUAGGGACAACGUACUUCAUGGAGGUGGUAGAAAAGAGAAAGAUCGUAGAAGACCAAGUGUUCUUAAAGUCUUGAGGACUAAAUAAUCCCAUGCUGUGCAAAACAGUCAAUAGGAUCUAACAGGUACCGCACCUAAACCAAACUUCCACAUAGCAUCAGGAGGCCUGUGGGAAGAUGUUGGGCAUUGAGACAGAAUAGUCAGGCCCAAGUUCCACACUUCACUGUGUGUACAAAGGACAAGCCAUUUAGCCUCAUUGUGCCUAUAGCUUCAUGUACACAAUAGGACUCAUAUUUAUAAAAUAUAUCAAUACUCUCAGGGCAAAAUUACUACAUUGCUAUACAAUUAAGAUCAGUAUUGUAAAGUCACACUGAUCUGAUUUAAUUGUGUCAAUGGCCAUAGAGCAGGCAUUCGCAAUGGGAAGGAGCAGAGGUGGACUCGGUUGGUUGCCGUGGAAACAGAUGGACCAAAACCCACACUUUUUCUUACAGCAAUAUGGCAGGUUUUGCUUAGAGAGGCUCUGCAUGGUUGCCUGAGGUUUUCACAGGGACAAACAAAGGUGAUAUCUCACAAAUAUGCAUCGUGACUUUGAAUGCUGAUACUGAAAUUCGCCUCUAAUAGAUACUCAUGUUUCUAAAUUUUUAUGAAGACCAGCAUCUUUCCUCAUAAGCACUGAAGACAAUGAGAAGGGACAUAUGACAGUCCUAGACACAGUAAAUAUGAAAAACUCGGUCAAGGAAACAUGGCAUCACCAUGUCCAGAAGCUUCUGGGCUUCUCUGGGUACCCCCUGGAGGUCCUGGCAUCCUGGUGAGUCUUCAUUGUCAGACAGUUCUAGAGAAGUUUAUACUCUUAACAUGGACACACAGAAAAGUUACCUGAACAUCACCCCAAGCCCAGGGCUUCCCCAGACUUGAUGGGCUUCACUCUUCUCUAGAAACAAGAGGGGGAAUGAAGACAAAGCAUCCAGACUACAGUAAGAGUCUUUCCAAAACCACAAAGGAUUCCAUGUAGGGUGGCUAAGGACAGUCACGGGUCUCACAUGGCAUUGACACAGCUUAACAUUCAUCCUCCAGAUACACGCACAGCCCUUUCUGUCCACUCCCAUCUGUGUGGUGGCCUCCCCAGGGUUCCUUGGAUAUGAACCACACUGUUGGAGUAGACAAAGAGGAUAAAUGAGGAGUUCUUUCCUCCCCAGAGACUCUGGGUUGUUACUCUUCCUUCAUUUUUAUAGUACUAUAGCAUUACACACACACACACACACACACACACACCGUAAUAAUAAGAACUUUGCUUUCUAACUUUUAUUGUUUUGUUUUUUAAAAAAGCCAGCUUUUUCCAGCACCAACUUUUAAAAAUAUAUAAUAUCCAUUGAAAGAAAAAAGAAAGAAAGGAAGAUGUGUGCAUACGGUUUAAUCUCAGACUGCUUUUUGAACUUAAGUGGUGUCAAAUUUCAGUGUAUUUCUGUCUUAUGCUAAAGAAAUAUAUUGCUAGAGUAUCGGUGGGCAAUAAUGUCAGCCGUCGAGCGCCAGAUUUCCUUUUGGGGGAAGUGUGCAGGGAACUGUGGCAAUGUGGUGAGGUGUGCGUGUCAUCUGUGGGAGGGCUCACUUAACCCGGGAUGCACAGGCCUCCCUGUCUGCAUCCCCAGCUCCAAUGAUACCAUUGAGCAACCAGAAAUUUGCUGGUAGGCAGGGAGUGUGUCCAUAUGAGGAUGCCGAGGAGAUCAGAAAGAGGCAGCAGUAUCAAUUGUAUGCUGUGCACUUAAACUUUUCACUUCUAUGUACUUAAAAAUCUCAAUACAAAUGUCAUAAUGAUUGGAACAAAGCCUCCCCAUGUUGUCUAAAAUGUCUUGCUUUUGAUAUGAAGAGUGACGAGAAUUAGCACUAUUUGUUUUGACUCUUGACUUAGAAGGCUUUUUAACAACUUUUUUCCCAAUAGUUUGAAACUUUUGAAAAGUGACAUGAAACCUCCUUUUCCUAUAUUUGUUGUAUACAGAAAUUAGAUAAUAAAGUUUCUUUAUUAAAAAAAA